CAAGGUCGGGGUCCUGGAACACGCACAGCAGCAAGCCAGGAUGGGAAAGGUGCCUCUGUAUCAACAGCCAGAGUACUGCUGUGCAGGACAGCAAGGGAGCCAUGCCAAGCAGCAGCUCCAUACUGCUGCAUCUUGUUGGCAUCUUGUUGCAUCUUGCUGGCCUUGAUUGUCCAUCUCACCCGUUUGCCACAACUCUUUCAUUCAGAGAUUGAAAAUCACGGGCACAUGGAGUAUGAUCAACAAUCGAGCAAUGGUUGAUUCAAACACUAAGUCGAGGACAAUAUAAAUCCAGGUCCAUUCUAGACCAUCAUCACCAAAGCAUCUCUCCUGAAACUCCCUGGCAUUCAUCCUUUUGCUCAAUCUCUAGCUCCUGCCACCAUGACACUCUCCAGCCCCGUCAUUGGCACCGUCCAAGUUGUGGGAAACACCUCGGGUGGCACCGACUAUCAGCUUGAAGCCUGGACUAGCGGGAAGGUCAUCCGCCAGAUCCAAGUGUGGGACGAUGGUAACAAAACCAAGUCAAGUUGUGGCAGACGGGUGAGACGGACAAUCAAGGCCACCUCUACGGCAGCCCCGCUGGAAGCUCGUACACCUACACUUUCCAGCCCGGGGAGCUCAUCACGUCCAUGUCCCUCUGGCUUGGCGAAUGGGAUCACGUUGGUGAUCGAGCCGGUGCUACCAUGUUUACCACAAGCCUCGGCAAUACUUUCCAGCAUGGAUACCAAGGUGGAAGCGCGACGGUGAUCAAUGUCUACUCUGGGAUCCUGGUGGGAGCCGACAUCCGUGCCGGUGACGACCUAAAUGCAUGGGGCUUUGCGUUCCUCAGGCCUCUUGUUUCGUGCCAGCUACAGGAUGUCACGUAUGGCGAUCUUUCAAUGGGGUCUGUUUCGCUUCAAAGUCUAGACAGCUAUUCCACCAACGUUGCUGGAGACGGCUCCUUUUCAAGCUCUGAGCAGUCUAGCAUCCAAAAGACCAUCUCGAGCUCUUGGUCCCAGUCCGAGGGAGUCACGUCCUCCAUGGAUGUUACGGUCACUGCGACGAUCCCGGAGAUUGGCGAAGUUGGGGGCGCGGGCGCCGGGACAAAGUACGAGUGGCAGGAAAGCGAGACAUACACGUCGCAGGCAUCGAUCCAGGCCGUGCAAACGCUCACCUGGUCAGUGAACUGGACUCUCGUGGCUGGACAAAGCAUAAGCCUCCAGGCUCAGACCCAUACGGGGUCUAUCAACGUUCCAUACCAGGGUACCAUGGUUGUCACCGUGGUAGAGACAACGGGUGAUCCUCCAACGUUUUCGUUUGAGACUUUCAACUUCCCACAAAGUGGGACGUACACUGGUGUGUCUGUCACUGCAAUUGAAGUUCCCAUCACGGUCAGCUGAUUCAAUGGAAAUAUA